UCAAAGAUGGAGAAGGAGAAGGAGAAGGCGAAGGAGAUCCUGCGGCUGAGGCUGAACCAAGAAGAAUCAGAAGCUGUAUCACGACUCAACUCUGAUCCUUCCCUUGGACCUGGCGAUAACUCCACCUUCUAUGAGCACUUCAUCCUCAGAGGCGUCCGAGUCGACCGAGUCCAACCCGGUUUCGUCUCGUGUUCUUUCAAAGUCCCACCUCGCCUCACUGACAGGACUGGGAAGUUGGCUAAUGGUGCAAUUGCAACUCUUGUGGAUGAGAUAGGAGGUUCCGUAAUCCAUGAAGAGGGUCUCCCCAUGAAUGUUUCAGUUGACAUGUCUAUUUCUUUUCUUUCCACUGCUUAUGUUGACGAUGAACUGGAAAUUACUUCUAGGCUGUUAGGAAGGAAAGGAGGUUAUUCUGGAACAAUUGUUCUCCUAAAAAAUAAAGCGACUGGAGAAUUGAUAGCAGAAGGUCGACAUUCACUAUUUGGUAGACAUAACAGCAAAAUGUAAUUCUAAUAUGGUAUAUGUGUAUGAAUGUAUUGCAAAUAUGUCAAGGUUAUCUUUGGGAAAUAGAUUUCGGUAUGUCUAAUUAAUCAGAUAAGUUCUAAGUGAGAGCAUAAUUUGACAUGUUGUACAUUGAAAAGUGAACACUAAUAAAAAAACGAAAUUUCACCCCAUAAUCAGAUUU